AUGUACACCCUUGAAGAAGUACAGGAGCACAACAAGACCGACGAUGUGUGGAUCGUCCUCCAUAACAAGGUCUAUGAUAUCACCAGGUACCUUGAAGAUCAUCCUGGUGGUAGUGCCAUUUUGUUUGAAGUUGCUGGCACCGAUGCUACCGAAGCAUUUGAGGAGACAGGACACUCCGAUGAGGCCCGGAAGGAGCUCGAGAAAUAUCAUAUCGGAGAUCUUCCAACUGAGGGACGAAGCAAACUUUCAACUUUCUCCCGGUCAUUCUCACGCACCACUAAUGGGUUUGAUUAG